GAGGAGGCUCCGGGGGCAGCGCGGGGCUCGCACCCCCGGCCCGCCCCGCUCCGAGCGCGGACCCCCGGGCAGAGAGAGCCCGGGGAGGGGUCCCGCAGGGGCAAAGGGGGCCGGGGCCGACCCCGGGCGGAGGAAGGGCGGGGUGAGGAUGGCGUGUGGCUCUGGAAACGCGGCCAAGCGCCGCUGCCGGGGCUCGGCGUGCGGCUGCGGGGCGGGGGGAGCCCCGCAGGGCCGGCCCGCAGAGCUGGAGCCGCCGCUCGCCAUGAGCCGCUCCCGGAGCAGCGCCUCCCCACGUAGAAUUAUAAAAACAUAAGGCGGGCAGGGCGCGGGAGCCCCGCGGCGUCCCCGGCACGGGGGAGCGCUCGGUGCGCGGUGUGCGCGGGGGGCUCCGCGCCGCCCCGCCGCCCCCCGCCGCACCGCAGCGUGCGGGCAGCGAGCGCGAUGCGCCCCGCGCUCGGCGCUGCGGAAUAGCGCGGCCGCCGCUCCGCGGGCUGCGGGCGCACGGACCCCACCGCUGGCCGUUCCCUCUUGAUGUCCAUGAAUGCAAACACCAUGAUUUUCAUGAUCCUGGGCGCCUCUAUCGUUAUGGCAAUAGCUUGCUUGAUGGACAUGAACGCCUUGCUGGACAGAUUCCACAAUUACAUCCUACCGCACCUCCGAGGGGAGGACCGAGUUUGUCACUGCAACUGUGGAAGGCACCACGUGCACUACGUGAUCCCGUACGACGGGGACCAGUCGGUGGUGGACUCGUCGGAGAAUUACUUUGUGACCGACAAUGUGACCAAGCAGGAGAUCGACCUCAUGCUGGGGCUGCUGCUGGGCUUCUGCAUCAGCUGGUUCCUGGUGUGGAUGGACGGCGUCCUGCACUACGCCGUGCGCGCCUGGCGCGCCAGCCGCCGAUACGACACGCCCUGGUGGUGGCUGCCCAGGCUGUGUAAGCUGAAGGAGCUGCGCAAGCGCCACCCGCGGCAGUACGAGGAGCCCACGGGGAACAUGGUGCACAUCAAACAGAAGCUCUACCACAACGGGCACCCCAGCCCGCGGCACCUGUGAGGGCACCGCACUCCAGGGACUCCUCUUCCUCACGGGACGGCCCCUGCAGCGCCCCCGGGCCGGCCGGGCACUCGGAUUGCCGCGAUUUUGCCGCGAUUUUGCCGCGAUUUUGCCGCGAUUUUGCCGGGAUGGCCCCGGGUGGACGCGCCACCAUGCACAACCAGAGCCGGCGCUGGGCGCUCUGCAGCCCAGGCUUUGCACUGUGGUCCACGUUUUAUUGUCAGACUGGUGUAAAUAUGUAAAAAAAAAAAAAAAAAAGCAGACAAGAACAAAAAAAAAAAGAUUUGCAUUAUAAUUUCAACCCUCA